CAGCUGAUUGGCUGGUAGACACGAGGCAUCUGGCUCUCUGAAAUAACAUCAUCAAGCCUUCUUUGUUUCUCACCCUGCUGUUUAACCCCUCUGCUCUCUGCCCCUCUGAUUACAGACCAGCCUCACUGGCUUUAGACCAAACAUCCCAGUCGCUCCUAACAUUUUACACCAGCAGACGUGCUGCCAUGGAAACAAAGCGCAUAGCAUGGCAGGAACAGGGCCCUGUCGUAUUGCCAGGCGAGCUGCUGGGUGAAGAGGGCACAUCUUUAAACUCCCCUCCGGAUGGCAGAGAAGCACCCAGAGCAACGCCUGAGGAAGACCUGGACGACCAGGAGCCUGGAGCUGAAGUCAGAGAGCCCCGUGACCACCAGCCGGUUAGGAUGGGCGCAACCCAAAUUACAAAUGAGAAAUCAGCCUACGUCAAGCAGAGCCUCCUGAGAGAGAUGUGGGAAACGAUGACAGGAGAAAUUCCUCCUGAAGUUCUACCUGCUAAAGAGGAAUCCAACAAUGAUCUGGCUGAGGAUGUUUUCCCACCUCCACCCACAACCGAUGCCCUUUCAGCAGGGGGCUGCAGUGAGAGAGAGGGGCUUUCCAGCUUAGAGGGGGAGGUGGCAGAGUGGAUCAGUGAUGCUGAAGUCGUCUUAGAUCCAACAGAUGACUUAGCUCAACUUGACUUGCAGAGCGGUGAAGAGUGGGCAAAGACAGCCCAGGUGGUUGUCCAGUUUAAAAUAUCACAGAAUCAACCAUCAGCUGAAGAGAAUGUUGAUGAGAAUAAAACAUGUCUGCUCAUGCAACCAUCUCAUUUUGACAUUCACAGCGCAGAUAAUGCAAACUCUCCUCCUUUUGUGGAUGAAAGUGGGGAAGAGGUGGGAUCUGAUGAAAGCGGUGAGGUUUCUCAACCUUCUAGUCGUGCUGCGAGUGAUCCUGACUCGGUCCUGCAUGCAGGUCUCUCAGCCGGACAGAGGGGGGAGCUGUUGCCUCAGGGUCCAUUUGAGCUCACCCCCAGGGGAGAAAACCAGGAAGCAGCACAACAGGUGUCUGGCCAGGGAUCACUACCUUUGUCAGCUGUUGCCAUGGAACCGUCCAAUCAGGGCAGGGAAGCAUGUCAAUGCUGCGGUUGCGUUGUAGCUGUGAGAGAAAGGUGCAGCAGGGUGGGGGAGAAGACAGAAGGAGAAAACGAGCAAACAGGUGGAGAGGAAGGGCAGAAAGACAACGGAAGGAAUCAGCCAAAGGAAAGGUCAAGUGGUGAAGGGCAGCGAAAAUAUCAAAAACCCGUCCAUAAACAGGAGAGGAAGACAGGAAAACAAGGCUGUGGUGUGUCUUCUAAAGACAGGAGAGGCACCAGGAUGAGGAACAACAUGUAUGAGGAUCACUGGAGGGACAGUGGAGAGUCAGUGGACCUCUACAGAACUUUAGAGGAUAGCUCUAACUCUACAGACUCUCCUGCUACAGAGACUCCCAUUGAGAGGGAGAUCAGACGGGCCAUUCAGCGUGAGCAGAGCCUGAGGAGGUCCAGGGGACUCCCAAACCCUCACAUCGCUCCAGAGUACGUCGAGAUUCCUUCAAGAAAAGGAAUUCUGUCUCAGUCACUAACCUCCAAGUGGUCCCAGAACAAAGACCGUGAAUUUGCUGGGAAAAUGAUGCAGCAGGAGAUCCACGAGGAGACUCGUAGGGAACAGGAUCUGGUCAAGAUUGGUAAAAUCCCUGGCUUUUACGACAAGGGUACAGUCCGCCAAAUUAAGGAAAGGAAGCAGCUCUUUGAGGCUUUUCAAACAUCCCUUGAAUCAACCAAAAGUAAGAUGUCUUCCUUUAAAAGUACAGAGGAUUUAACUCUAGAGGGCCUGGAUGAUGUAAAAUUACAGGCAUCCAUGUUCAGAAGUUUACCCGUGGAGAAGAAGCCUAUAUUGCUGAACCCAAGCCAUCCCAAAGGAGCUGUAGAACAUUCCUUUGUCCAAGGAACGGGUCUCUCUGACAGGACCGGCUGUCAGGGCAUCGUUUUGGAAAACAAACCGACUUCUCUCACUCAGAAACAGAACCAGGUCAGAGUAGAGACUGACCUUAGGUCUGCACAUCCUCACAACUCAUCAUACCAGGCGAUAACUGACGAGCUGGAAGAGGAGGAGGAGGAGGAGGACACAUCCACUGAAAACCCUUUUUUCAAGCUACGCUCCUCAACUAACUUAGAGAAAAUGAAGCAGGAUAUCUUGGAGGCCAAAGAGAGGGAAAGAGAACUCCGCAAAAUGCGGAGCAGCCUGUAUGGAGGCAUCAAUGGGGUGGCAUCAUCAUCUCAGAGAGAACUGUCUCCUCCUGAUGUACCAGAGUCUUCAUUCAAAGAGGGCCGAGGGUCCUCAGCAGUGCGGCAGUCUGAGAGCAGGUUGUCUGCGUGGCCUCCAAUCCAGGCUGAAGAGCAGAAGAUCGCCAGGCCAGAGGUCCUCCUGAGUCCUCGGACCCCCAGACAAAAGACUCCUCUGGUGCAGCUUUGGGAGUCCGGCUUGGUCAACGGGCACAGCCCAGAAGACGACUGAGGAUGAAUCAUAGUUUACAGAGACUGAUAAUUAUUUUGAAUACGAAAUUGAAUCAAAACAUUACGACCACUUAAAAGAAAAGGUGGGAUUACAGACAGCAGGAAUCUUAGGGAUGGGUACCGAAUUCGGUGCUUUUUAAGGUACCGACCGAAUUCCAUAGUACCGACCGAGCACCGAUUCACGUCAUUUGAAACGGUGCCUCGUUUCGGUACCCGUCCUUCAUAACGAGAACUUGCCUAGACAGCUGCGCAUGAGCAAGAGCGUUAUGUCAUCGCUCGCUGCGAACCAGUUGUAAACAGAGCAGCAUGGUAGAAAGAACGCACGCUAACGCUUGGGUCCACUUCACUAAAUGUGAUGGGUAACUGGGUGAUGAUGAAACCAGCGACAAUGAUCUAAGUGAGACAUCCUCAUCUUAAUCUGCUCCUGUAGGUAAAUAAAAUGUUUAAGAUAACAUUAGCUUGAUAUGUUAGCUUCCGGUUCGCUAAUGGUGCAUUCGCUUUCUCCUCGGAACUCCGAAUUUCCGACUAGAAGAACAUGAACGCGCUCUAAAGUUUGGCUUCACUUUACUAAAUGCGACGGGUGAUUGGGUGAAGAUGAAACCAGUGACAACGAUCUAAGUGUGAGGCAUCAUCGUUUUAAUCUGCUGCAGCAGCUAAAUAAACUGUUUAAGAUAACGUUAGCUUGAUAUGUUAGCUUCCAUUGCCACCAUUGUUAUCGGCUAAUGGUGCGUUUGCUUUCUCCUCGGAAAUUCUAACUUCCCAGUAGGAAAAAUCAAAUGAAAAAAGACGGUAAAAGGAAUGAAGAUAUGCAGUAAAUUUAGUUCACAGUAAAGAUGUUUGCUUCAGUUUAAUUAUCAGCUUAUAAAACUACAAGGACGAUGUUAAAAUACAAACAGUUGAAUGUUAUUUAUCGUGAUAUUUAUAAAAUAUGGUCAUUUAUUGAGAAAAAUAUAUAUUUAAUUAUAAAAGAGAAUUAAAAUAUUAAACAUUCAAAAGUGUCGAAAACUGGUACCAUUAAGUACCGGUAUCGAUUCCUAGGUACCGGGAAUUAGUACCGGAUCGAUUCAAAUGUCGAAGGUACCCAUCCCUAGGCAGGAUGGAACAAGAAGACCCACCAGAAGGAGGUCAGGGGACGAUGCUGGAAAAGGAGUCAAGAGGAAUUUUAACAAAUUGUUCUCUUCAGUACAGUAGAGAGAAAAUCAGACCUCAGUGUAGAGACGGCUUUUAAACUUGUGAAUGUUAAAGGAAAAGGCUAUUAAUUAUUAUAGAAUAACACACUGGAGAUCAAAUAAUUAUAGCUUUUCUAAUAAAGCAGUUUUUAAAGAACUUGGUUUUUGACAUUUCUGAAAAAACAUGUUGGGAUUAUUUUGUUAGGUAGAGUAGAUGUAACUCAGUGAGAUCCCCCUGAAUCAGCAUUGACCGAAACAGUUUGGAUUAGGGAUUCACUGGCAGUGCACGGGCCGGCGCAUGUCACUCAAGAACUCCCCUCCGAUUGUUGGGUCUUAUCAAUGAAGAGCAAAAGAACAGAGUAGAGAAAAAUGAAAGAACAGAGUAAGGAAAAAAACGAGAAAAAGAACAGAAUAGAGGAAAAUAAGAAAGGAAAAAAAAGGGGGGGGGGGGGGGGGGAUUGGUAGAAACCAGGUAACAGAGGUGGUGCCGUGGUAUUACAUUCAACCACAACUGAGCCGGACUAGGCUAAACCUGGCUCCCCCAAUUCCUCCUCCUAAGUGUAGGAGAGGGAAUGGGAGAGUAAAAGAGGUGAGAAAGAGAACAGAAUGGUUUGUAGUGUGGUCCCAACUCCUCUUUUAAAUAAAGGUCAGUACAUGCUUUAUCUGUAAUUUAAACAGGUUAUCUUUACCAUGGCUCUAACCGGUCCAAAGGGUGAUAAUACCACCAUGACGUAUUAGAAUGUUUGUAUCUGUUAUUACCCCACAUAAUAUUAAAGUAUAGAAUAUUAUAUGA